CAGAAUAUACUGAAAACUGCAGCAUCUGACCGUAGAUCAGAAAUGAAGCUCCUCGAAGAAUGUCAAAGGAGGCAGGAAAAGAAGUUGUCUGGAAUCCAGAAUGAAGCUCAGAUUUUGGAGCAGCAUAUUACAUCAGAGUUUUCCAAGCUGUGCCAAUUUCUCCAGGACAAGGAGCAGCAACUGAAACAACAGCUCAAGGAGGAAAAAGAAGGAAUUCUGGGAAAGAUAGAGGAAAACUUGAGGAAAAUUGAAGAGAUGAAGGAAGAAGUUCAGAAGAAGAUCUAUGGAAUUCAGUCAAAACUGGAACAGAAGGAUUCUUUGCAUUUUCUCACAGGGAUCAAAAUAAUAAAGAAAAGGGCCAUGGAAGAACAUAAGUUUAAUGAAAGGGAAGGCAAUGAAGAUGACAGUCUGAGUUUGGGGGAAUACAAAGGCCCUCUACAAUACACAGCUUGGAAGGAAAUGCUGUCUCAUGUCAACCCAGGUUUGUCUCACCUGACCUUGGACCAAAAGAAAGCACAUCCUCACCUCAUUCUGACUGACAACCUGACCAGUGUGAUGUACGGUGAUGUUAAACUACAGCUCUCUGACAACCCUGAAAGAUAUGAUUCACGUCUCUGUGUGCUGGGAUCACAGGGCUUUACAUCAGGAAGACAUUAUUGGGAAGUGAAAGUGUGGAACAAAACUGACUGGGAUGUGGGUGUCACCAAUGAUUCCAGCAGGAAGAAGGGGAAAGUUGAUAUGAACCCAGAGCAUGGCUACUGGAUUGUAGUCCUGAGGUCUGGAAAUGAGUACCGGGCUCAGGAUUUAACACCCAAGGAUCUCAAGCUCACUGUGCAGCCCAGGAAGGUUGGAGUGUACCUGGACUAUGAGGGGGGUCAGGUAUCAUUUUAUAAUGCUGAUAACAUGUCACACCUCUACACCUUCACUGACACCUUCACUGAGACGCUGUACCCCUUCUUCAGCCCUUGUUGUAAUGUAGGUGAUAAAAAUAAAGAGCCACUAAAGGUGUUUCACAUGAAGCUGUAAAUUCAGACUUCACAUCUAGGCCUAUCAAUAUGGGACUUUAUGUAGCCAACUCCAUAUGCAAUGUAUUUUCAGACCCUGUACAUUAGAUGAAAUGAUAUUAAUAAAGAAUGCAGGAGUCACAAGGUGAUUUUUAAAUAUAACAGUAGUGGAAUUCCAGUCCAGUAACUGGAUAUUUGAUAGGUUAUGCCAGCUGGUUGAGCAGUGACUAAGCAAUACAACUCAAUAUGGAUAAACAUGACAACAGACAAGCUAUUUAAUGUUUAAUUGGUUUAUUCUGUAGUAAUAUUAAACUGUUUUCAUAUUAGUGAUGUGAAUAAAACAGAAACAGAAUGAACAGCAACAAUCUUGUUUUUUUUCAUAUAAAAUGUAACUGAAAUGUGUCCACAGAUCAGUUCCUUAGGUCUGGUGUUCUUUACAAUCACCACUACCUAUAUAUCCUAUUAGCCAAUAGCACAACAGCAAUGAUAACAGAGACAUUAUGUAUAGUAAAGGAAAUAGAAGAAGCAAGGGUUAUAGUUAUAACAUGACUUCAGUAGCU